AUGACUGAAGUCGUCGCCAAUGGCUCUAGCUCUGGCUCUGUCGAUUUCGCUGCCACGAGAUCCGCCUUGACUUCCUCCUCAACCUCGACAAGAAUAGCGCAUUUGCGCAUUCUUGAGGAAAGGAUAUCCAACGCCGACACCGACGCGGCAUCUACCCGCAAGCUUGUCCAGCUACUAUUCUGGACUCAUGCCUUUUACACCGAUCGACCCUCGCGACUCGCUGUUCAGAAAUGUCUUUCCGCCAUCUUGGACAAGGGUCUUGAGCCUGAUGUCCUCAGUGCCUUCGUCGCUGCGUUGCGCGCAGAGUCACAGAAACCUGGCAUCGCCGCGAGCAAUGCCUUUGUUCUCGUCGAAUGGUGCAGUUUGCUCAUGCAGCACCUUGCAAAGACCUCUGAUUGGGACAAGUUCGCUUCUCAGAUUCUCCUGAGUGUUGCGGAUGCUUUGGACAAGUGUCUUCAACCCGCCGCCAAGGGUGGUAUGGCCCAUUCUGCCAUCAUUGUCACCCGGCGAGGACUGCGCAAGCUCUUCUCGAAGCACCAAAACCCCGAGAAGGCCCUCAAAGAUGCUGUCCAACUCCUGACGGCCAAGGCCGCGCAGCCUUUCGCAGCGAAAGCACCUCUUCUGGGCAUCAUCGCUGGCGUCAGUUCGAGAAUCGCUGCCGUCAAGCCAGCCCUCGAGGCCCAGAAAUCCCAGUAUUUCACUUUCUACGUUAGAGAAAUAAUUGGUUCACGCACGGCACUACCGGCCCACGUAGCGUCCGGCCUCCAGGACUUCUUCCUUGACUUCGUCACUCUUGAAGAACUCACCAAGGAGAUCAUCCCACCUCUCGAGAAGGGUUUGCUCAGGGCCCCUGAGAUUGUUUUGAGCGAUGUUCUUAUCCCCUUGAUCGGCUGCCUUCCCAAGGACUACGACCUUUCCCAAAUCUUGGUCGGCAACUUGCUGAAACCUAUCCUCUCGAAUGUGAAGUCCAGCAACGUUAUUACUCGUACUGGGGCAGUCAAGGCUUUCAACGCCCUUGCUGCCCGGAGCCACGAGGAAAACGCACUCGAAAAGAUAUCAGAGGAGAUUGUAGGGCCGGUCAAGGGUGGCAAGCUGGCAUCAGCAGACCACAGAAUCCUUCACUGCGAAAUGCUAGAGGCAAUUCCACUAUCCAAGACUACCGCCGACAAGAUUGCAACGGCUCUGGCGGCCGUCUCAGCCAAGGAAGGAAAUGAAGCCGCCCUCGUUGUUGAGACGUCGGCCCUCGCAAGAUCGGCCGGCUACUUAGUCCAACAUGACGUUGAAGUGGCCAAGCCGGUCAUUGACGCAUGCCUGAAGGGUAUUUCUGACAAGAAGUUUCCCACACGGCGCAUCUGGCUUCUGCGCCUUGGUGAGAUUUACAACCUGGCUUCGGCCUCUGGCGCUCUCUCAGCAAACGCUGUCAAGUUUGCCGAAGCUACUGUGCCCAAGCUUCUCGAUACCUACAACGAGAUUGUCGCCAACCCUCUGGUUGCAGCUCAAAAUAACCUUACGGUUGGCGCCUUCAUCGCUAUCACCCUUACGUUGUGGUCGCAGCAACCCAAUGUAUCAUCAGCGCUCAAGUCAGCACUUGCCAAAGUCUCCGUUACUGGACAGUGUCUCGCUCUUGAACCGAAGCCCUCGUUCCUGCUCAAUCCUCGUGUAUACGGUAAAAUCACAGCCGAAGACGAGCUUACUUGGUUCUCCCGAGCUUUGGCGGCCGCUGCGGAGCAUUUAUCCGAGAGGACACCGAAGCCCGUUGCCGUGGCCUGGGCCGAGGCCUUCAUUUACGCCAUUGUGGCCUCUGUGGCUACCCCCAAGACGAGACAGAUCGCGUCAGAUAGUCUGACCAAGGUUUAUGUCAUCAGACCUGCACUUGUUUCGCAGGCUAUCGUGAGUGGCAUUUGGCACUGGCUCGAAACUCUGGAAAGUGGUGACAAGGAUAGCGCGGCUAUCUUGUCCAAAACCGACAAAUCGAACCUUCAUCUUGUUCUUCGUGCCAUAUGUGUCAACUCAAAGGGCCUGCCAGAAGACUCACAGACCUCUGUGCGAGAGGCCGUAGAUCAACAGCUCUGCUCACUGCUCGUACUCGCCAGACAGGAGCUUGUUCCCCGCACAAGCUGGAUUGAACUUUGUUUGCGUGUUGAAAGAGAUCCCGGAGAAAUGGCACGCCAAAUUGAGGGCGACCUGCUGCAGGAGAUUUCAGAGAGGACUUCUAUCGACCAGAAAUCAGAGGCAGUGAAGCAAGCCGCCUGCAACGCCGCGGCAGAGCUUGCCUUUGUAUCUCCCGAUACCAUGACCAGCAAGAUUGUCGAGAUUAUACGCCGAGAUCUGGAACCCGAGGAACUGCGCACCAUUGGUCCGGUUGAAGCUGCUAUCUUCCGAACCCCCGAGGGAACUGCUUUCGUGGAUGUCCUCGCGAAGAAGGCACAGACAACUGUACCCGACAAGAACAAUAAGGACUACGAUAUUCUGAAAUGGGAGGCUGAGCUGAGAUCGCAAUUGGCCCAGAAAAAGGGCCAACAAAAGAAGCUUACUGCCGAGGAAACAGCGAAGGUCAAUGCUCAGCUUAAGAAGGAGGCCGGAAUCCGCGACACGGUUCGUCGUAUCGAGGGAAGACUCCUACGCGGCAUUGGCAUUAUUCAGAGUCUUGCAACCGGACCCCCAACCGAGUCCGCUCUUUGGAUUGGACCUGCUGUCAAGGCUCUUCUGGACGUCAUUGACGCUGGUGCUGGUCUUCUCACAGGCGAUGCUGCUCCCCUGGCUUACCUGGCAUGCUCAGACCGUACCACCAGCCGCCUUGGUCCUAUGAGACCUUUCGUCGGAGUGGCCACCUUGCGCGCUCGUGAGGUUAGUGCCCUACCCGAGCACUACAAGGAAGAGCCCGUCGACGUACUCGUCACUCGAGUGCUCUACCGACUGCGAUUUGCCGGCGAGCAACGUCCUUUCGAUACGGUGUCUCUCAUCUACGCCCUUCCCCUAGUAUUUACCGUUCUCGCAAGCGGAGGCUUCGGUUCAUCUGCUGACGAUCGAGAUGCUCAACUUGUUCUCGCCAUCGAGUUUCUCUCCUUCCAUACGAACAUCUGCGAAGACCCGGCAACGCCUCGCUUGGAGGUUAUAUCCUCUCUGAUAAUGGCCAUGCAGCAGUAUACUCAGCAUUACAAGAUCAUCAAGGAUUGCUUCGCUGACAUGUGCCGAUGCGUUGCCCCUAACAUGACAUCCGAGGAAAUCGCCGCCCUGGCUAAGGGAUCCAUCGUUCCUCAAGUCAGCGUGAGAACUGCUGUGCUGCAGGCUAUCAGCUCCGAAGUUGAUAUGAGCGAAUCCAAUUUCUCCAACGAAAUUUGGAUCGCAUGUCACGACGACAUCGAAGAGAAUGUGGAGCUUGGUCGUGAGAUCUGGGAAGAAAGCGGCUUUGCCCUGUCUGAAGAGGUUCCAGCCAAGAUGCUCGUCUACUUGGAUAGUGUUGACGGUCAGCUCCGUAGAGCCGCAGCCCGGGCCUUGGCUGAAGCCUGCAAGGCACACAACUCGACGCUGGAGCCUAUCUUGGAGUCUUUGAAAGCCUCAUACACCGACCUCGCCAAACCGCGUGUCCCUCAGUUGGAUGAAUAUGGCAUGCCUAAGAAAACCAACCUGGCAGAUCCUUGGGAAUCGCGCCACGGCAUUGGAUCUGCUUUCAAGGAGCUGGCCCCUCACAUGGCUAAGCAGCAGCUUGAUCCUUUCUUUGAAUUCUUGAUUGAGAACGGGCCUUUGGGUGACCAGAACGCGAACGUCCGUGGCGAGAUGCUAGAUGCAGCCAUCCACGCCAUUGAUCUGCAUGGCAAGGGAAUGGUUGACAAGUUGAUGAAGGUAUUCGAGCGUACGCUCGAAGGUCCGGAUAAGAACACCGAAGCGUCAGACCGUGUCAACGAGGCUGUCAUCAUCAUGUAUGGUGCGCUUGCGCGUCACUUGAACCCAGGUGAUUCAAAACUUCCUGUGGUCAUCGACAGACUGCUGGCGACCUUGAGCACGCCUUCCGAGACCGUGCAGUAUGCUAUUGCUGAUUGCCUGCCACCUUUAGUCCGGGCUUACGGAGACAAGUCAUCCAAGUACUUCGCUCAGGUCCUUGAGACCCUAUUGACUUCAAAGAAGUAUGCCGAGCAGCGUGGUGCUGCUUAUGGUCUUGCCGGUCUCGUUCAGGGUCGUGGCAUUUCGUCACUCAAAGACCAGCGUAUUAUGAUGACACUGAGGGGUGCCAUGGAAAACAAAAAGGAGCCGAACCAGAGAGAAGCCGCCCUCCUGGCUUACGAGCUUCUUUCCACCAUCCUUGGUCGUCUCUUCGAACCCUACGUCAUUCAAAUCGUUCCUCAGCUUCUUACUGGCUUUGGUGACGCCAACGCCAACGUCCGAGACUCCUGUCUGGCAGCAGCAAAGGCCUGUUUCGGCAAGCUGAGCUCAUAUGGUGUCAAGAAGAUCCUUCCUACCCUACUCAACGGUUUGGACGAUGACCAAUGGCGUAGUAAAAAGGGAGCCUGUGACCUGCUGGGAGCCAUGGCUUAUCUUGACCCCAACCAACUGGCGCAGAGUUUGCCCGAUAUUAUCCCCCCUCUCACUGGUGUUCUCAACGACAGUCACAAGGAGGUCCGCUCGGGUGCUAACAAGAGCUUGAAGAGAUUCGGCGAGGUAAUCAGUAACCCUGAGAUCAAGGGUCUUGUCGACAUCCUUCUCAAGGCGCUCAGCGACCCCACUAGAUACACGGAUGAUGCCUUGGAUUCUCUGAUCAAGGUCCAAUUCGUGCACUACUUGGAUGCUCCGUCACUGGCGCUGGUCACAAGAAUCUUGCAACGUGGUUUGGGCGACCGUUCAAAUACCAAGCGCAAAGCAGCACAAGUCAUUGGCAGUCUUGCGCAUCUCACUGAGAGAAAAGACUUGGUCUCGCAUUUGCCAAUCCUUGUUGCCGGACUCAAGCUUGCCAUCGUCGAUCCAGUCCCCACAACUCGUGCCACCGCAUCAAGAGCUUUGGGAUCGCUUGUGGAGAAGCUGGGAGAAGAUGCCCUGCCGGAUCUCAUCCCUGGCCUUAUGCAAACCCUCAAGGCAGACAACGGCGCUGGCGACCGUCUCGGUUCCGCCCAAGCUCUCAGCGAGGUCCUCGCAGGUUUGGGUACCACCAGACUCGAAGAGACUCUCCCGACCAUUCUGCAAAACGUCGAGUCGACCAAGCCGGCUGUUCGCGAAGGCUUCAUGUCCCUCUUCAUCUUUCUCCCUGUUUGCUUUGGCAACAGCUUUGCAAACUACUUGGGCAGAAUCAUCCCGCCCAUUUUGUCUGGUCUUGCUGAUGAUGUGGAGUCUAUCCGCGAGACUGCUCUUCGUGCAGGUCGUCUCCUUGUCAAGAACUUCGCUGUUCGCGCUGUUGAUCUGCUACUUCCAGAGCUUGAACGCGGCUUGGCCGAUGACAGCUACCGCAUUCGUCUUAGCUCAGUCGAGCUUGUUGGUGACCUUCUCUUCAACCUCACAGGUAUCAGUGGCAAGGCCGAGGAUGAAGAGGAGGACGAGGAGAGCGCCAGAGAGGCAGGAGCAUCACUUCGCGAGGUCCUCGGCGAGGAAAAGAGAAACAAGAUUCUCUCUGCUCUCUAUGUUUGCCGCUGCGAUACCGCCAACGCCGUCCGCUCCGCUGCCGUUGCUGUGUGGAAGGCCUUGGUUUCCAGCCCUCGCAUUCUUAAGGAGUUGGUGCCGACGCUUACUCAACUCAUCAUCAAGCGUUUGGGAAGCUCCAACAUGGAGCACAAGGUCAUUGCUAGCAAUGCCCUUGGCGAAUUGAUCCGCAAAGCCGGUGAUGGUGUCCUCUCCACCCUGCUGCCUACUCUCGAGGAGGGAUUGCAAACCUCCACAGACACAGACGCGAAGCAGGGUAUCUGCCUUGCCCUCAAGGAACUCAUUGCCUCGGCCUCAGAGGAUGCCUUGGAGGACCACGAGAAGACGCUCAUUUCUGUCGUCAGAACAGCCCUCACUGACUCAGAUGCUGAUGUUAGAGAGGCUGCCGCAGAAGCCUUCGAUUCUCUCCAGCAGAUCCUGGGCAAGAGAGCUGUGGACCAGGUGCUUCCAUACCUGCUCAACCUCCUUCGCUCCGAUGAGAACGCCGACAACGCCUUGUCAGCCCUGCUUACCCUCCUUACUGAGACGACUCGCUCAAACAUCAUUCUUCCCAAUCUUAUCCCCACGCUUAUUACCCCUCCCAUCUCUGCGUUCAACGCCAAGGCUCUCGCUUCCUUGUCGAGGGUGGCCGGUGCUGCUAUGAACCGCCGCCUGCCCAACAUCAUCAACUCAUUGAUGGAGAACAUCAUUACCUGCGAGGAUGAGGCUUUGCGAGAGGAUCUCGAGACAUCUUUCGAUACUGUGAUCCUGUCCAUCGACGAGUAUGACGGACUCAAUACAGUGAUGAACGUACUACUUCAGCUUACGAAGCACGACGAUCACCGGAAACGUGCAGCGACGACCCGCCACCUGGGCAAGUUCUUUGCCGCUGGCGAAGUGGAUUAUUCGCGCUACAAUCAAGAUAUUGUGCGGUCGCUUCUCAUCUCCUUCGAUGACAGAGACGCAAGCGUUGUCAAGGGUGCCUGGGCUGCACUUAGCGAGUUCACCAAAAAGCUCAAGAAGGAAGAGAUGGAGGGCCUGGUUAUUUCCACCAGACAAACUCUCCAGCAGGUUGGCGUGGCUGGCGCGAACUUGCCCGGGUUCGAGCUCCCCAAGGGUAUCAACGCCAUCCUGCCCAUCUUCCUGCAGGGUCUUAUGAAUGGCACGCCGGAGCAGAGAACACAGGCAGCUCUGGCUAUCUCCGAUAUCGUCGACCGGACAAGCGAGGCUUCGUUGAAGCCGUUUGUUACACAAAUAACAGGUCCACUCAUUCGUGUUGUUUCCGAAAGGUCUACAGACGUCAAGUCUGCCAUUCUGUUGACUCUCAACAACCUCUUGGAAAAGAUGCCUGCGGCACUGAAGCCAUUCUUGCCUCAGCUUCAGCGCACCUUUGCUAAGUCUCUUGCAGACACAUCGAGCGAGGUCCUCAGAGCCCGCGCGGCCAAGGCGUUGGGUACUCUUAUCAAGUACACGCCACGUAUCGAUCCGCUCAUUGCCGAGCUCGUCACUGGCUCCAAGACAUCAGACCCCGGUGUCAAAACGGCUAUGCUCAGCGCACUUUACGAAGUCAUUAGCAAAGCUGGCGCCAACAUGGGCGAAACAUCGAGAACCGCCGUUUUGGGUCUCAUUGACAUGGAUACCGACGAGAGGGACGAUGCUAUGACAAUCACAAACGCCAAGCUGCUUGGAGCACUGAUUAAGAAUGUUCCCGAGGAGGCUGCCAAUGGGUUGCUUAAGAACAGAGUUGUGACUAGCCACUGGAGUCACUCUUCAGCACUGGCGCUGAACGCAGUGCUUGUGGAGUCUCCGAAGAGUCUCCUUGAAAGUCCUCUCGCGGACGACUUGCCCGACCUCCUUGGCCAGGGCAUGUCCCACAAGAACCCUUACAUUGCCGACAAUGUCAUCCUUGCCACGGGCAAAUAUCUCCUCUCAGAUUCGACAAAGUCUUUCGACUCGAACAAGAAGAUUUUUGAGGCACUUGCCAACACGAUUCAACCGGGAGGCCCUGUCGACUCGCGCCGACUUGCUCUGGUUAUUGUCCGCACAAUGAGCCGCGUGGACAUGGACAUGGUCAGGCCGCAUGUUGCUGCGCUUGCAGGUCCCAUCUUUGCCAGUGUCAGGGACCCUGUUAUUCCAGUCAAGCUAGCCGCCGAAGCUGCAUUUAUGGCUUUGUUCAAUGUGGUGGACGAUGAGACACGGGUCUUUGACAAGUACGUCGAAAGUGCCAAUCUGCCGCCGAACACCAAGAGGAGCAUGCAGGAUUACUUCAAGCGCGUCACAAUGCGGCUGGGUACCCAAGCACGUGAGCGGAGAGAGGCUGAGGGUGGCCAAGGGGGCCUGGGUCUGUCUAGCGACGAGGUCGAGGACGAGAAGGAGAUCUGGAGCGUGGGUAAGGUCGACGUUGGUGAGGAUGUGUUUGGCAAGUAG